CGUUUGUGUAACUGUUCAGUGACGAUAGAACCGUCUUAGUGUUCGGACGUCAAGUCAGCUCGUAAUAAUAAUUCAUUUGUGUUGAAUAAAAUAUUUAUUUUAUUCGUUAAGUAUUCAACAGUUUUAAAAAUUAGUCGUGAACAAAUAAAAUGGCGAGUGAAACAUACUUUAAAAAUAAAAAUAAUGCGGGUAAUGUUUGUAAAAUAGGAACAUAUUUGAAAAAUAACAGCAUUACAGAUGGAGAUUUAGAUGAUAAUAAGGUUUUAACCGAGAUUGCGAAAUUGAUGCCAAUCAAAAAUGUAAAGCCGGAGCAGCUAAAAGAGACGAUUCGUGCUAUUACUAUUGAUACCUUAAAGACUAAGCUCUGGUUAAUAAACACUGGAGUAUUGUUCAUCGCCGGUGUUGAAUAUGUCCUGUUCCCUUAUGAAGAUUAUGAACAAGAGGAUGGAACUAUGAGCCGAAUGUUUAUAUCUAAGGAAGUAUAUGAUGGCAACGUACAAAGGAUGAACGAAGCAUUUAGGGCACUGUUUAUUGGUUCAGUACUUGAGGAUAAAAAACUAAAACCAGUUCAAAAUUUUUUUAAAAUCAAAAGACAUACACUCGACAAACCUGAAAACUUGGAUCCAAUACGAGAAUACUUAAAUACCAUUGAUUUUGUUGAUGAAGACAAGAUGUAUAUAAAAAAUGAAUUGAGCAAAACAUUUCUUGCUAAAACACGUAAAUGAAUUAAUCAACCGCCACCAAAUACUAUUCGUCCGAUCGAAGAUCAUCAACUUUGCCCACAAAAGAUCGGUAGCUUCGUCCUCCGACGCCAGAUGUAUCAUCGUUAAAUUUUGCUCAUUCAUCAGUCGUAUCAAUACCAGUAAACCAUGAAUUUUCUCUGCGAUUCUCUACUGACUAGAUUGUACCAGCAAGAAUGUCUAUAGUACAUAUUAUAGAAAUUCGCGAUUUUUUUCAUUAUCACAAGAACGUCCACGAUUGCAUCGGACAAAAUAUGAAAAAAUGUUUGAAAGGGAAAAUGGAUAAAACUGACGCAACUCUGAGCCCUGAUAUGACGAUGACAUUGGCUAUUGUAAAUAUUAAACAAAAUGUAUUUUUGUUGCCUAUCAAUAUAAUUUUAUUUGUUUUAUGAAUAAGUUUUUAUAGCCUUGUGUGGUAUAUAAAAUAAUAAAUAAUGUAUUAGUACAAAUCA